UCCCCUCGCCUCCACCGGCGUCACCUCGGCGGGCCACGGGGAACUCGAGGCCGCCCCCGGCACCGCCUUCGAGGUGCACAGUCCCGACGGCGCCGUCACCGUCCUCAAGGCAGCAACACACCAGGACAUGACAUACUGGCUGCAAGAGCUUCAGCAGAAGAGAUGGGAAUAUUGUAAUAGCUUUGAUGCAGCUAAAAGGGUCAGUCAAAUUUCACCUACGCAGAGGGAUUCCUCCAAAGGGCUUGUUGCCAAAGACAACACCGAUUUGAAUAUCCUGCCUCCAAAUUCCUCAGCAGAGAAAGCCAGGAACGUCCUAGCGGUGGAGACUGCUCCCACAGAACUGGUGGGGGAACAAGCCGCGUGCCAUCCAGCCCCAAGUGCCAUUAACUUCUCUUUGAAACAAUGGGGCAAUGAGAUCAAGAAUUCUGUGUCUUCAUUAAGAACUGGGAAAGGAAGCCAUGAAAACCGCAAGAGUGUUUUUUACACGGAGGAGUGGGAAAUGCUAGAUCCCACCCCGAAGGAUCUGGAGGAGUCAAUGGCUCAAGAAGAAAAGAGGAAGCUUUCAGCAGAACCGAGCAAAGGCGUGGUUGGUUCAGCCUUCCAGUUUGACUUUGGCCGCAUUCCACACAAAGCGAGGCGCCCUUUAAAGGAAAUGAUUCCAACCAGCAAAAACCGGAAUAGCAUGGAGUCUUCUCCUGAUGAGUGGAAUGGAAACAAGCUGGCUUCAGAGAUGCAGCUGAAGUUCCAGAGCCAGCAAGAAGAGUUGGAGAAGCUCAAGAAGGAGCUGUCUAGCCAAAAGGAACUUGUGAGGCUUCUUCAGCAAACCGUCAGGUCUUCUCAGUAUGACAAAUACUUUGCUGGGCACCUCUGUGACGGGGGCCCAAAGGACAAGUUGGAGCUGCUUCACCAGAAAGACCAUCAAAUCUUGGGUCUCAACAACCAGCUUGAGAAGCUCCAUCUGGAAAAAGACAACCUGCAGCAGGAGGUCAAGAACCUGAAGAGCAAGGUGGGCGAUCUGAACGAGCAGCUGGGCAUGCUCAUGGAGACCAUUCAAGCCAAAGAUGAAGUGAUCAUGAAGCUUUCCAGGGAGCUGAGCGAAUGCGAGGACCAGUCGUCUUCCCAGAGUGGGUCGGCCCAUUCUUCCAUGUCUUCCUCCCUGAACAAAGAUCAGCAGGAGCUGUACAGGUUGAAAGACAGUCUUCAAGGUUACAAAACCCAGAACAAAUUCUUAAAUAAGGAGAUCCUGGAACUUUCUGCAUUACGAAGAAAUGCCGAAAACAGAGAGAAAGACUUGAUGGCAAAGUAUACGAGCCUAGAAGCCAAACUUUGUCAAGUAGAAAGCAAGUACCUAAUUUUGCUUCAAGAAAUGAAGACCCCAGUUUGCUCGGAAGAACAGAGUGUCCGUCGUGACGUUGUGGCCCAGCUCCUAGAAGAUGCCUUAAAAGUGGACAGCAGUGAGCAGCCAGAGCAGACAUACUUCAAACCUCACAUGGUUAGUGAAUAUGAUAUUUAUGGGUUUCAAACCGUCCCAGAAGAUGAUGAGGAAGAGAAGCUGGUAGCAAAGGUCAGGGCCUUGGACCUGAAAUCUCUCUCCCUGACUGAACAUCAGGAGAUGUCCACAGGGGUGAAAUGGGAGAAUUAUCUGGCCAGCACCAUGAACAGGGAGAUGGUGCGCUCCGUGGAACUCAAGAACCUCAUUCGGAGUGGGAUUCCACAUGCCCAUCGCUCCCAGAUGUGGAAGUGGUGCAUCAGCCUCCAUGUGAAGAAGUUCAAGGAUGGUGCGGACCCAGGCUACUUCCAAGGCCUGCUUCAGAACGCCCUUAAAAAGCAGAACCCGGCCUCAAAGCAGAUUGAACUAGAUCUCCUGCGGACUUUGCCCAACAAUAAGCAUUACUCUUCACCCGCAUCCGAAGGGGUGCAGAAGCUGCGUAACGUCUUGCUUGCGUUUUCUUGGCGGAACCCAGACAUAGGAUAUUGCCAGGGUCUCAACAGGCUCGUUGCCAUCGCGCUACUCUACUUGGAGCAGGAGGACGCCUUUUGGUGCCUCGUUACAAUCGUGGAAGUCUUCAUGCCUCGGGACUAUUACACUAAAACCCUACUAGGGUCCCAGGUUGACCAGAGAGUCUUCAAAGAUCUGAUGAGUGAGAAACUCCCUCGGCUGCAUGCCCACUUUGAGCAGUACAGAGUGGACUAUUCGCUCAUCACCUUCAACUGGUUCCUUGUCUUGUUUGUAGACAGUGUAGUCAGUGACAUCCUCUUCAAGAUAUGGGAUGCCUUUCUGUACGAGGGGCCAAAGGUCAUUUUCCGGUUUGCUUUGGCACUCUUUAAAUACAAAGAGGAGGAGAUCUUAAAGCUACAAGACUCGAUGUCCAUAUUCAAGUACCUCAGAUACUUCACUCGCACAGUCCUUGAUGCUAGGAAACUUAACAGUAUUGCUUUUGGGGAUCUGAAUCCCUUCCCGCUGCGCCAGAUAAGGAACCGAAGGGCCUACCACCUGGAGAAAGUACGCCUUGAGCUCAUGGAACUUGAAGCCAUCCGGGAGGAUUUCUUGCGUGAACGGGAAACCAACCCAGAUAAACGGGACCUCAUUAGUGACGAUGAAGAGGAUGGUUGAGGAAGCCCCCGAAGGUUGAGACUCUCUUUGGGAUCAUAACCAAAGCUUUGUGGAGUGGCUUAACUUCCAAAAGGCUUCUUUCGUUACGAUCCAUCAAAACUGAAUGCUAAGCCACGGCAGCUGGAAAUUUGCAGGACAGAUUUCCAAAUUGAGCACUUCAUUGCAGAAAUCUUUUCCCGACCC